AUGUCUUCCUGCUGUGCUUCUCGACGAUCUAGAGCCGACGACACCGAGCCUCUCUUGCCUCGGUACGAAAACGAUGACACCUCCCGCCAGCGCCAAUUGCGGCAGAAGCUGCAUUCCUAUCAGAUGUUCAAGGCCUUGUCCGAGGGAUACAUGCCUUCAACCGAGCAAGUCAUCACAAAUCUGCGCACUCUCCUCGCUUCCGACUUUCUCAAUCCACGCAGCGAUGACGUGAGCGAACAGAGCCGCCAGCUCGCACGCGACAUCAAGACUUUGAUGCGGACCUUUAUUGAGCUCCUGCGAGAGAAGAACCGCGACGACCAAUUGCAAGAAUUCGUAUGGCAUCUCUCCAAAUCUCGGGUGGCGCUGGACAAGUCGGCACUGUCUAGCCAAGCUUCACAUGUAAAGUCACAAGCGAAUACACAGGCCGUUGGCAGUCUCCUUCUCACAAACGCGGAUUUUCGAUUGUUCGUUGAUGAUGUCGCAACCAUUGGGCGCCAGGUGUUCGCCGACACUACCCAUACUGUAGCCGAAGCUGCUCAUGAGGUGGCCGAAGCAGCCGAGCCCUCACAAGAGGAGCUUAGAAAGGUGGAUGGCGCCGGCGCGGACGAUGACAAACACCCGUCCAAGGAUGAUCUUCGCGAGGAUCUAACUCGAAUUGCUGCUACUACGGAGGAAGGAGCCCUUCACGCUGGACAAACAGCAAAAGAAAGUACGCAACAAAACGUGUCGGGCAACCAACGAGAUGCCUUGCUUCAUCGUCUCAAACAGGCGGUCUUAAAGCUUCGUAACCGAAAUGACUACUCUGAUUCCGUCUCGACGCUGUCUCAGCUCGUUCAGCGGUACGGAGCGAUAUACGCUAAUGCCGCAGAGGACACCGCUAGUGCCGUGAGUGAAGAUCUGGAAGUUAACAGGGACCUCAAAGCCGCAGUCGACAGAUUUUGGACCUUGGUCCAAUCAUUCGGCGAUGUUGAAGAAUGGAAACGCUUGGAAGAUCGAUUCCACGAUGUCAUGAGACAUGCCAACAAAGAUCCGGAAUUUGAAUCACUACUAGGAGAUGUCGGUGCGUCUUUGCAAGAGAUGCUAACCGACCCGGCCUUUUUCGACUCGGCACCGGAGCGCCUGGAUAAGCUGAAAGAGCAGUCUAAGAAUGUGGGAAGCGACACAAACAUGCGCAGUGAUGUUGAAGCAUUCUUGCAGCAAGUGAGACGAACACUAAGAUCUAUACCUGACGAUCCCCCCGUUGCAAAGCUGAAUGCCGCAGCGAAGAAGAUCAUAAGAGAUGUAUCCAACGUUUACAACAACCAAGCGAGCGUAUUGGUCGCGGACGCUGCUCACAUAUUUCUACCAAUACUUAUUCGCAGUAUUCAGUAUAUUCCUAUUCCAAGGCUGGAGGUCUCAGUUCCAGAAAUGGAUCUGCUUGUUGAGAAUCUGGUGUUGGAGCCAGGAAGGACAGUGAAUCAAUCGUCGUUUUUCCCUUACAAAGUCCUGGUUACGUCCAAGACUAACAUGGAGCUUGCGAAAGUUCACUCAAAAAGGGCCAAGACAGCCAUCAAAACCAUGGUCAACGUGAAGCUAGAAGGGCUGAAUAUCAGUGCCUCCGAGUUUGGGUACUGGAUUCGGGCCCAUAGCGGAUUGCUCUUCCGGUUCGGUGACGAAGGCAUUGGCAGUUUUUAUCUGGACGAGCGCGGAAUAGACGUCUCAGUAGAUUUGGAAGUCGGUCGAGACCGACUUGCACAUCUGGUUACGCUUAGGGGAGUGCGCGUGCAUAUCCACAAGCUAAACUACAAAAUAAACCGCAGCCGAUGGAGGAUUCUUCUCUGGCUUGUCAAGCCAUUUUUGAAGCAACUAAUUCGUCGAACACUAGAAAGGAAAAUUGCCGAGUUUGUGGUGACUAUGGUGGUGACGAUCAACAGGGAGCUAGUGUUUGCCCGCGAGCGUCUGCGUGCGGUCAACAUCGCCAAUCCUCAGGAUUACGCAACCUUUAUUCGAGCUGUGCUAGCGCGGCCCAAAGCGUAUGCCAACCCAGAUAUCUACCAAAGGAUAGGGGCCUAUCCCCCGAGGGAGGGCGUGUUCAAAGACGUCUACACCCCGGGUAGCAUUGUCAAAGUGUGGAGAGAUGAAGCAGAAAGAGCGCAGGAAGCAAUUGACGAGGGCGACGAUACUGACGGACUCCAUUUGACGUGGCGCAACAAUAUAUUCAAUGUGAAUAAUCUGAAGGAAAACGAAAAACCCAAGGAGCCGUACUCCUUGAGAGUUCAAGGAGCAAUGCUUCCCCUCCACUUCCUCCUAGUCGUAUCCGUCCUCCUGCUCACGGCGCUAUGUGCGGAGGACUACUACAGGAUCCUGGAGGUGGACAAGUCAGCAUCAGAGCGCGACAUAAAACGCGCGUAUCGCACGUUGAGUAAGAAAUAUCAUCCUGACAAGAAUCCAGGCGAUGAAUCAGCAAAGAAGAAAUUCGUCGACAUCGCCGAAGCCUACGAAGUGCUCUCCACAUCCAGCACGCGCAAAAUCUACGACCAAUACGGGCACGAGGGACUUGAGCAGCACAAGCAUGGCGGCAGCCGAGGAGGUGGCGGCGGCAAUGAUCCCUUUGAUUUAUUCUCACGCUUCUUUGGGGGCGGGGGACAUUUCGGGCACGGCGGCGGUCAUCGUAAGGGGCCCGAUAUGGAAGUGAAACUGGCGCUGCCACUACGCGAUUUCUAUACGGGCCGCGAACUCGAGUUUAGUAUUGAGAAGCAGCAGAUUUGCGAGACGUGUGAGGGCACGGGGUCGGCGGAUGGGAAGGUGGAAACGUGUGAUCGGUGCGGGGGCAGAGGGCUGGUGAUUCAGAAACACAUGAUUGCGCCGGGCAUGUAUCAGCAGGUGCAGUCGCAUUGUGACAAAUGUGGCGGGAAGGGUAAAUCGAUUAAGAAGCCGUGUCCCGUGUGUCAGGGACAGCGCGUGGUGCGGAGGGCGAGCACGAUUUCGGCGACGAUUGAUCCCGGUAUGGGUAAAGGCACGCGGCUCACAUUCGAGAAUGAGGCUGAUGAAAGCCCCGAUUGGGUUGCGGGCGACCUGAUUGUGAUUCUGGCGGAGGAGGAGCCGGUGAUGGGUGCGAAUGAUGCAGAGAGGACGGAUGGGACGUUUUUCAGGAGGAAAGGCAAGGAUUUGUUCUGGAAGGAAGUGCUGUCUCUGCGAGAGGCGUGGAUGGGUGAAUGGACUCGCAACCUGACGCAUUUGGACGGUCAUGUGGUGCAACUGAGCCGGAAACGGGGCGAAGUUGUCCAGCCGCUUGCUGUUGAGACGGUGGUCGGGCAGGGCAUGCCGAUCUACCACGAGGGUCAUUUGCACGAUUAUGAUGGUGGCGAAGAAGAGGACUUUGGAAAUCUGUUGGUUGAGUAUACGGUCGUCUUGCCGGAUCAGAUGGAGAGCGGCAUGGAGAAGGAUUUUCGUGCUUUGUGGCAGAAAUGGAGACGGAAGAAUGGCGUGGAUUUGCUUCAGGAUUCGGGAAGGCCUGUUCCGGUUGUGGAUGAUGGCGUCAAGGAUGAGCUGUAG